AUGUAUUCUGAGGUGCCCCCCGCAUCGGAACCGAAUCAACCCGCUUCUUUUCCACUGAAAGUGUACUAUCAGAACGUUCGUGGUCUGAGAACUAAAAAGAAUACUCUGCUUCUGCCGUUACUCGAUUGUGAUCUUGACAUUGUUGUACUGACAGAAACAUGGCUUCACUGUGAAAUUGCUUCCUCUGAAUUUGCCAGUAACUAUGUUAUUUACCGUUGCGAUCGUAACGCUUCUACUAGUAAUCUCUGUAGAGGUGGCGGCGUACUAAUCGCUGUCAAAUCGGAACUGCAGUGUAUUUCGGUGAACCUCGUCGAUUGUGAUUGCCUAGAACAAGCCACUGUUCGCAUUAUUCUGCCUCAGUUUUCGCUUUACGUUAGCUGCAUCUACAUUCGCCCAAACAGCUGCCCUGAUAUCUACACGAAACACGCAGAUUCUAUUAGCCAGAUACUGAAUCGUGCCGAUCCCUGCGACGUCAUUGUUUGUCUUGGAGAUUACAAUCUGCCGAAUCUAGUCUGGUAUUUCGAUGAUGAAAUUAACGGAUACUUGCCUAUCAACGCGUCAACUGAGCAGGAGCUUGCCCUACCAGAGUCCUUGUUAUCCUCCGGUCUGCAUCAGAUCAAUGAUCUUAUGAACGCGAACGGCAAACUUCUUGACUUGGUGUUCGUAAGCGAUCCAUGCAUCAUAGAUCUCUUCGAGUCGCCAUCUGCUCUUUUAAAAAUUGACCCUCAUCACAAGCCAUUAGUUUUAACAGUUGACGUCCGUUCUCGCGAUGAAACAUCAGUGCCAAUAUCUACCGUUGACCACAACUUCAACAGGUGUGAUUAUCAAAUUGUCAAUGCACGGAUUGCUGCCCUGGACUGGAAUCAUGUUAUGAAUUAUGCCUUAAUCGACGACUCUGUUACCGCGUUCUAUCGCACAAUCAAACAUAUCAUCCAAGAAAACGUGCCGGUCAAAAUUUGCCGACCAUCUAAGAAGUACAAUCAACUCUGGUGGACGGCACAGCUCCGGAAUUUUCGCAAUCGUCUGCGGAAAUGCAGGAAGAAGUUCUUCCGAAACAGGAUUGAAGCGAACGCGGCGAAUCUGCGGUUAGCUGAAGAAGAAUAUACUCGUAUGCAGCAUUGUCGGUUCCGUGAGUACAUGGAAAGCCUUCAAGCAAACUUGAAAAAUGAUGCUUCAUCGUUCUGGGCCUACAUUAAAAAAAAGGAAGGGGUCGAAUAA